CCAACCCCGCCUGUUCUAACAACGUCCAAUCACGGCACAGUCCGGAGGCGGGCUCAGAGAUUCAACCAAUCAGCACUCACGUGGGCGGGGCUGACAGCGCCUUCUCCGUAUGUAGACAGCUGAGCGGACACUUCCGGCAACAAGAUCGUCUUGUUCCUCCAUGUAGAGCGGAUCACAGCGCCUCAGUGGGAAGUCUUCAUGAACCCAUAUGUGAACAAGGCCUAAGACAUUGAAUAAAUACUGUGCCGUUACCAGCAGGACAGUCAUGCCAUUUCUGGGUCAAGAUUGGCGUUCUCCAGGGUGGAGCUGGAUGAAGACGGAGGAUGGAUGGAAAAGAUGUGAAUACCCCAGUGAUGACCUAGAGGGGAACAACAACAUUAACCUCCACUUACUAAAUAUUAACGAUGGAGAAAUGUACGAGAAUGAAAACUGCUGCAUUCCCCCAACGAAAAGCGAAAAAGAGCAAUUCAACAACACUACGAAGUCCCAGUGUAAUAACAACUUUUACCAAGAGAAAUGGAUUUACGUGCACAAGGAAAGUACAAGAGAAAGACACGGGUAUUGUACCUUGGGGGAAGCCUUUAACCGCUUAGACUUUUCGAGUGCAAUUCAGGACAUCCGAAGGUUCAAUUAUGUUGCAAAGUUACUUCAACUCAUUGCAAAAUCUCAGCUCACGUCCUUGAGUGGAGCAGCACAGAAAAAUUACUUUAACAUUCUGGAAACCAUAGUAAAGAAAGUUCUUCAAGAUCAGUACAAUCCACAGCUGAUCCGGGAUCUCCUCCAUGAUCUGGGCUCCACACUGGGCAUGCUGGUCAGGGAAGCGGAUCGAUGCCUAUUAAUAGGAAAUACCAACAUCUGGAUUUCUCGUCUGGAGACAAUUCUUUUGUGGCAGGAGCAGCUCAUGAACCUUCAGAUCAGUCCGAAACUUGGCGACGGCCCCACCCUGUGCGAUCUUCCACAACAAAUGAAGAGCAACAUCCUUUUUAGAUUAACUGAUUCCUGGGAUAUCAUCAACUUAGGGCAGAUGACCCCAUCCUGGCAUAUUCUCAGCGAAGACCUCCAUCUCUGGAAAGUGCUCUGCAAAUAUCACUUUUCAGAGAAAAUGUUUUGUAAAGAUCUGAUCUUCACAGAAAAUGGUCAUAUUGACUGGAAACUAAUGUUCUUCACACUGGAGAAGUACUAUCCGAAAAGGGAACAAUACGGGGAUACACUGCACUUCUGCCGUCAUUGUAGCAUUUUGUUUUGGAAGGAUUAUCAGCUUGCUCUUUUAUGUAAGGACUCGGGGCACCCCUGCACGGCCAACGACCCCCGGAGCUGCCUUACGCCGGUCUCCCCACAGCACUUUAUCGACCUCUUCAGGUUCUGAGGGCACCGGCCAACUUUCAUGUCGCAACGGGAACUUUCUAUGUUUUUAAUGAGACAAAUGUGUUGUUUUUAAGCAUAUCCCUGUUUAUGACAAGGUUAUAUUGUACCAAUGGGAAAGACCAAAUGUUUUACUGUUAUGUUGUUAUGUCAUAGUUUUAUUGUCAGUUGUGAGUCCCGGGUCCACACUAAGCAGUUAGAACAAUAGAAAGAUAUUGGGGGAGAUUUAUCAAAACCUGUACAGAGGAAACGUUGCUGAGUUGCCCAUAGCAACCAAUCAGAUCUUUACUUUCACUUUUAAAAAGGCCUCUGAAAAAUGAAAGAAGCGAUCUGAUUGGUUGCCGAGUUGCCCAUAGCAACCAAUCAGAUUGCUUCUUUCAUUUUUCAGAGUUGCCCUUAGCAACCAAUCAGAUCUCUUCUUUCAGAGGCCUUUUCAGAAGUGAAAGCAGCGAUCUGAUUGGUUGCUAUGGGCAACUCAGCAACUUUUCCCCCUGGACAGGUUUUGAUAAAUCUCCCCCAUAGAGUUUUUCCGUUCUAUCCAGGUUUCUUUUCUGCAAGCCAUUUUUUUCGGGAAUGCGAAGUGGCUUUCACAUCUCCUAUUGGAUUCAUCAUGUCAUCAUAAAUUGUCGUUCUGUGUAACUAGGCUGUAUUGUUAAUCAGGAGCCCAGAAAAGCUGAGUGGCAAGCCCUUGUCAUGCUGUAACAGUGGGCGUAUUUCUAGUCCUCCAGCUUUCUCAGAGGCUAAAGUGUCAAAAAAUAGGUUUAUAUUAUCCAAUCUGUGCAAUCAGAUUGAUGAAUGGGCAGAGUUUCCAAACCAGGGUGCCUCCAGCUGUUGCAAAAUUACAUCUCCCUGCAUGCUCGGACAGCCUUUGGCUCUCCGGGCAUGCUGGGAGUUGUAGUUUUGUGGGAACUGAAAGCAACCUAGUUGGGAAACACCGGCAUAGGGUUUUACAGUGUACUAUGAAUCUGUCUAAGGCCAUGUUCACACGGCGGAAAUUCCAUUGCAGCAGAGUCCCAUUGUUUUCAGCGAGAUUCUUCUGCACCGUGCACAUGGCGAAAAGAACUUCCGCAGAAAUUCCAAUUCCAGCCACCGAAAUGCAUUGCCGUCUAUGGAGAUGGCGCAUUUCCGAGUGGUCCGCUGUCAGCGGAAUGUCCGUCUGCAAGUUUUCCGGGUGGACAUUCUGCCGUGUAAACCUAGCCCAACAGAUCAUGUUAAGCAAUUGAAAUUUGGUAAAUCGGACAAAAUCUCCUUUCUUUGCCUCUACAAUAUAUAAUACUCCUUUUUAUGCUUGUAUUUUUUGGGGCAAAUUUCUCUUAUAUAUUUAAUAGAAACCUAGACUGUACGUGAUAAUACAUCAGAGACCUGAAAUUGCACAUAAAUUUGUUUUUCACUUUCAUAUUGGCCAUGGAACUGGUCCUUUUAUAUUCUAUUGAUGUAUUUGUUUGUUUUCUGUUGUUGUUUUUGGUAUUUUUCUUUCUUUCAGAAGUGUGAAUUGAAAUGUGGAAUCCCAUAGAAGUCUAUGGGCUUUAAUUUUAAGAUGGAAAUUCCGCCGUGUGAAUGGACCCUGUGUUUUUUAUUUUAGGAAAAAACACCCCAACGCCUACUUUUUUUUUUAAAUUUUUUUUUUUGGGCUUCAAAAACUCUUAUGAAAUACCAAACCCACUUGCUGUCUUUUCGUUUUUGCAGUUUUUCUACACUCAUGCUGAGACAAUUUUUUAUUUUAUGUUGAUGUUUUUCUCCCAUAAAAGUCUAUGGUAGGGAAAAAACAGAAUCAAAACCUCCAUGUGGGUUUACCAUUGGCGCUUUUUUUGGUGAUUUUGGUGUAUGAUGAAAGAAUCACAUGACUUACACAGGGAAAAUACACAGGUGAAAUUAUUUUUUUUAUUUUUUUUAAGGCACUAGUAGAAAGCUAGCCUUAGGCCAUGUUCACACAACGGAGUUUCCAAGCGAAAUCCGGUGAAAAAGUCAGUUGUAGCAAAGUCCCAUUGUUUUUAAUGGGAUGCUGCUGCCCCGUGGACACAGUGGAAUUUCCACAGCGGAAACGUCUGCAGCGGAUAUCUCUAUUCCUGCCUCCGCUGAGAGAAUCAACAUGUCAGUUCUUGUGGUGGAAUCUGCUUAAAAAUGCAUUGCCAUCUAUGGCGCGUGUUAAAAAAGUCCUAGCAUUGGCAUGUUCUGCCGCCCCCCCUGCUAUUUGCACAAUAUCCACCUGUGUUUUCUGGAUGGAUAUUUCCCAAAUAUUCUGCCGUGUGAUCAUAAUGGCAUGUGGACGGCAGACUUCAUGCGGAUUGUUCGCAGCAGCAUUUCACAGAAAACCUGCAAAUUUUCGACUCCUGCAUAUUUUCUGCUGACCCAUUGAAGUCAAUGGCAGCGAAAUCUGCGCAAAAUAUGAACCCUAACCUAAGGCUCAGUUUUUAUUUUGCGGGUUAUUGCUGAGGACCCCACUAGCGCCCCCUUUUUCAUUACAAUUUACUUGAAUCAAAAAUUGGUGCAAUAUAAAAAAAAAAAAAACAGGCAACUACUUCUUUUUCUGGAUAAAAUGGAUAAUUUUUGUUCAGAAAUUUUUUUUUUUCCCAGAGCAUUAUGGGAAUGGGAUCAUAAAACUUUAUGCUGCCCAAUUUAUUUUUAUUUUUUUUUCCUUCACUUAGCUUUAACUAUUUACAUAAACUUUUAAAUGCUAAAAAUAUGAACAACAAUAAAAACUGGGAAGCAUAGAAAUCAUCUGGGGUCACGGUACAAAUGCUGUUGGAUCAGUAGGUGGCGGUGUUAUAAUUUAAUAGAAGUAAACAUUAGUUUAAAAACCUGCAUUACGUAUUGUGUUUUUUUUUUUUUUUUUUUGUAUUUAUUUUUUUUUUUGUAUAUAUUUGCUUAAGGGAGAUCUGCUGCCAUAGACACUUAUAAGUGUCUGAUCACAAGGGGUCCGAGUCUCCUGGACGGGGCCCCAUGCAGGAGGUGGCCAACACGCCCCCUCCAUGUAUCUCAAUGAGAGUGGUGGAGGGGGCAUGUCGUCGACGUCAGUGAGGUCGACACGCGCAUUAGCCGUGCAGAGCCGCGGUAAAGCCGGGUCCCUGUAUGGGAGGCGAGUCCCAGCGGUCGGACCCCCCGCGAUCAGACACUUAUCCCCUAUCCUGAGAAAAGGGGAUAAGUGUGUAUGGCUGCAGUGCUCCUUUAAGAUAAGUGGUCUCCAACCAGAACACCUCCAGCUGUUGCAAAACUAUAACUCCCAGCAUGCCCUGACAGCCUCCGGCUGUCAGGGCGUGCUGGAAGUUGUAGUUUUGCAACAGCUGGAGAGCCACAGGUUAAAGACCACUGCACUACAUGAUGGUGGCUUAUAAAGACGAUGUACGCUUAUCAUGGGAAAACUCCAUCUCAUCUUGGACUCUAGGGAACAAUUACGUUUGCUUUGUUGAAUUAGCAAGAUAAGAAGUAAUUUAUGCUGAUCCUGAACUGUAUUUCUGCAGGUUAUGGAAAUAUCUGUUCGGGAAGGUACAGAUCUAUAUCUGAUGUGAUGCAGGGUAAAAGUGCUUGUAAAGCGUCUGGUACUGUAAUUUGUGAUUCAGGAUUGUAAACCGCACGUGUACUGCUGCGGAGCUGUGACUACAAG